AUGGCGGCUGUCACUCGUGACACUAAACCAGUCUGUGAGCACAGUGAUGCUAACAUCAACACGUCUGUGAGCAGUGCUGGUGUCAUCAACACGUCUGUGAGCAGUGCUGGUGUCAUCAACACGUCUGUGAGCAGUGCUGGUGUCAUCAACACGUCUGUGAGCAGUGCUGGUGUCAUCAACACGUCUGUGAGCAGUGCUGGUGUCAUCAACACGUCUGUGAGCAGUGCUGGUGUCAUCAACACGUCUGUGAGCAGUGCUGGUGUCAUCAACACGUCUGUGAGCAGUGCUGGUGUCAUCAACACGUCUGUGAGCAGUGCUGGUGUCAUCAACACGUCUGUGAGCAGUGCUGGUGUCAUCAACACGUCUGUGAGCAGUGCUGGUGUCAUCAACACGUCUGUGAGCAGUGCUGGUGUCAUCAACACGUCUGUGAGCAGUGCUGGUGUCAUCAACACGUCUGUGAGCAGUGCUGGUGUCAUCAACACGUCUGUGAGCAGUGCUGGUGUCAUCAACACGUCUGUGAGCAGUGCUGGUGUCAUCAACACGUCUGUGAGCAGUGCUGGUGUCAUCAACACGUCUGUGAGCAGUGCUGGUGUCAUCAACACGUCUGUGAGCAGUGCUGGUGUCAUCAACACGUCUGUGAGCAGUGCUGGUGUCAUCAACACGUCUGUGAGCAGUGCUGGUGUCAUCAACACGUCUGUGAGCAGUGCUGGUGUCAUCAACACGUCUGUGAGCAGUGCUGGUGUCAUCAACACGUCUGUGAGCAGUGCUGGUGUCAUCAACACGUCUGUGAGCAGUGCUGGUGUCAUCAACACGUCUGUGAGCAGUGCUGGUGUCAUCAACACGUCUGUGAGCAGUGCUGGUGUCAUCAACACGUCUGUGAGCAGUGCUGGUGUCAUCAACACGUCUGUGAGCAGUGCUGGUGUCAUCAACACGUCUGUGAGCAGUGCUGGUGUCAUCAACACGUCUGUGAGCAGUGCUGGUGUCAUCAACACGUCUGUGAGCAGUGCUGGUGUCAUCAACACGUCUGUGAGCAGUGCUGGUGUCAUCAACAUGACGUUAUUACCAUCCAUAAAACACACCAGACACGACAUAUUUUUGCGCCUGCCAUUCGACAGACCAGACAACACUGCCGAAUGUCAGACAGAAUACACUUGUGCAAAGUUCGGAAUAGAGACAAACCCGUAA